CGGUUUCAAAAUGCGAAUCGUUUUUAUUUUGGCUCUUCUAAUCGUUGGUGUCAUCGCAGAUUCUGAUUCUUUCGAUGAAAUAAAGUCAAGAAUCAAGGAGUUGGUGGAUAAUGGUAAGGGUAAGAAUGAAGAUAAAGGCAAGAAAAUUAGUUUCAAGCGGAAGACAUCAAAGUUUGAUUAUGACAAUGAUGAAGGAGAUUUGAGACAAGGAGGAGCUUAUUUUGUCAAUAAUGAAGAUGACAAUGAUGAGAGCUAUUACAAUUUCAAAAAUUCCCCGAAGAACAAACGAGAUGAGACAAGGGAAAAUGACUUCAAUGAGGAUAAUGACGAGGAUUCAAUGGAAAGAAGAGAAAGAGAUUCUGCAACCCGCUCCAGAUUUAGAGAUUCGAAUGAGGAUACUGACUCUUUUGAUGGUUCCGUGAAGAACGAUGACAACGAGAAGCCCCAAUCUUCAGAAUCAAAUGAAAAUUCUGAUGUCUCUUCAAAAUCCCGAUCUGACAGUGAUUACUACAAAAAUGGAAAGAAAAAGGGUUUCUUGGGAAAAUUAAUUGGGAAAGUGACGGAUAAACUGAAGACGAUCCCAAGAAAAUUCGCAGCUGGUGCAGCUCUUCUCACAGGAAAAGUAGUGUCUGGAGCUGCAAGCAUUCCUGAGAAAGUGGUUGAUGGAGUGAAGAGUAUUCCUGGAAAAGCAAAGAGCAUUCUUCCAGGUGGAAAAAAGAAGAACGGAGAUAUUACAUUAAAUGAUUAUACACAGGAUUCUUCUCCACAGGAAAAUCAUUUGCAUGUUCAUAGAGAUAGGCAUUAUCAUGAUGAGAGACAUGCACAUCAAGAUGACAGUCAACAAUUCAGUGUUUAUAAUGAUUGGGAUGGAUUUGGUUCUAAUAGAAGAAAUUAUCCAGUUAUUUAUGAUGGAUUCCGUUCAAAAAGAAGUGUUGAAUUUAAGAAACCUGGACAACUUCACAAAAAAGAGAGCAUUGGCUUUAUGUUCUAAAUUGUGCUGAAUAUUUUAAUAAAUGAUUAAUCAUG